AUGGAGCUCCACAGAGCUACUGCCAACAUCAUUGAACCCACCGGUGAAUCUGAUAAUCCUCUGAGGUUCACGUCAGGGUUGGUGGUGGCUCUGGAUGUUGAUGCAACACUGGAACACGUGCAGGAUCCCCAAGGAACCGUUAAAGUCCAGGUGUUGUAUCCAGAUGGACAAGCGCAGAUAAUCCAUCCCAAACCAGCUGACUUCCGAAAUCCUGGUCCUGGAAGGCACAGGCUGAUAACACAGGUUUAUCUCUCACACACAGCCUGGACAGAGCCGUGUCAGAUUGAAGUGCGGUUGCUGCUGGCCUACAAUUCCAACAGGAGCAAAGCAGCUGCUAAAAUUCCUAAGUCCAGCUGGAAUGAGAGCUUGGAGGCUUUCCCACAGGCCGAAAACGGCAUCGAGGGGACCAUACCCUUCAGCAAACCCGUCAAAGUUUAUAUCAUGCCCAAACCCGCCCGGCGGUGAGGGCGAAAAGAAAUAGAUCUCUGAGUUCGUUGGGUUACGUGGAAACAACCUUCCAAGAUGCUGAACCAAACCAAAAAAAGUCAGCCAUGGAAAUAAAGCUGCUGAAGAACUUCUGCUCUCCUCUGUUAAGAAGCAGCCACACCAACAUGGGAGUUAAUUCAGCUAAUUAAGAACAGUUUGAAGCAAAUGUAGGCAGUUCUCAGCCACCGUUCCGGGAGCGUUUCAUCGGGUCGUGUCUUCACUUUUUCACUUAUCAAAGGUUUUCUCUUCGAGGCCUCUAGGUUUUCUGCUACGUAUUUACGAAGGUGUUUACUGUGUAAAUGCUUAGGCACAUAAAUCAAUGUUAUUUUUGCAGUAAUCUGAAAUGAAGAUAAGGAAUUCGGGGUUUUUGUCUGUUUUGUUUUUUUUUUUAAUGUGUCAAACUUGUGCAUUGGUACCUAAAUUCUUAGUAAAAAAAUGAAAAUAUUAAAA